GGAGGAAAUCAGUUGUUUUUCGUCACAAUCUGGUUUCGCAUUUCGGAAGUAAAUUCCACGGUUGGCGUGUUUUCUUCGUGUUGCAUUGUGCUUUGUCUGUGGUUUGUGUGCGCGUAGUUAAAGUGGCAAAGUGUUUACUUCAGCGCCGAAAUCGAACAAACAUCCGAAGAAGUGAAAAAAAAACACGUAGUACAGAAUCAGAACACAAUCGCUUUCUCCAUCAUUACAACACAAGAAACGUCCGUCGGUGACUCAUGUGCGGUGUAUCGUGAAUACAUAAUUCCCGUGGAAUUUUUGUUAAAAUCCUAUCCGGUGAUACUUGGCACUUUGAGACAAAGAACGCUCGUUGCUGGGAAUUUGUUGGCAACAGUGCGCGCACAGAAGUUUGGAACGUUCGAUCCGCAGGAGCUGUAAAGCGUCGGAACCCAAAGAUGAGUUACGCUUCGUUCGACAACAACGCCACCGGGCAUUCAAACAUUACUAAUGAGGCAGACUUCCAAAGGACAGCCCAAAUCGUUGUGGCCAGCAUUCAAAAGAUCCUUCAAAAUGUUUCCGCUAUGCAACGCAAGGUCAAUCAGUUCGGAACGGCACAAGAUUCACCGGAGCUUAAACAACAGCUCCACCAAAUCCUAUCCUACACACAGCAACUGAUAACGGAUACCACCCAUCAGUUGAACGAUUUGGCUAACUGCAAAGAGCGACACCUUAAGAUCCAGUGCGAUCGACUUGUGGACGAGUUUACGGCUGCCCUAAAUGCAUUUCAGGCCGUCCAGCGCAAAACGGUCGAUCUGGAGAAGAAUGCUAUCCGCCAGGCCCGCCAGGCGGGGGGCGCGAUGCUCCACAAACCGCCGGCCAGCUCGCAACACUCGACCUACAACAGUAACAACACAUCAGGCAGCAAUACCAACAGUUCUAUGUUCGAGGACAACUUUAUCACCGGUUCGCGGGGUCAAACUCAGCAGCAACUUCAGGAGGAGAUCGAUUUGCAAGCGCUGGAAGACCAAGAGCGUACCAUCCGGGAGCUGGAGGAGAACAUCGUGAGCGUAAAUGAAAUUUACAAAAAACUCGGCGCCCUGGUAUACGAACAAAGCCAUCAGGUGGAUUCGAUCGAGGCGUCGGUUGAGCAGACGAGUGUCUUUGUGUCGGAAGGUGUACAGCAGCUAAAACAGGCUAGCCACUAUCAGAAUAAAGCGCGCAAGAAGAAGUUCAUUCUUGCACUGAUAGCGGCCGCAAUCUUGGCGAUCAUAAUACUCAUAAUCAUACUGAAGAACUGAAGCUGUGAGGAACCGAAAGUGAAUCCGGAAGAAAUCAAAUCCCAAAAAGAGACCCAUCGCCGGCAUGAUGGGGCAGCAUAUUUAUAUUUUUUCCCCGCGAAGUAAGUUUAAAGGUUCGGCGCGUCACAGCAACAUUCCAGGGUAGCAAUCAAAGCGGAUAAUUCCUUCCUCACUCAUCUACUCGUCGCUCGAGUACGCAAAUUUUAAUCGUUUACUCCUCGAACAUUGUUAGGUGAGGCGCAAUUUUGCAAUAAUAGAUGGAUGUUGUACUAAAAAUUAUGCAAUGGAACCUGGUGCUGUCAGUGCCGAGAGUGCGGCAAUCCAAGCAGUUCGCUUUGCGUGGCGACGAAGCUGAAGUUGAGCAACUCUUUUUUGUAGUUAAAAGUUGAUUAGAUUUUGUUUGCCUGUAUUUCCAAUUAGUUCGUAUUUAUUUGUUUCUCGAAGCCCGUCCUGCGGCCCUAGCAACCUGUUUAACUAGCAAACUUUACUCCGCACUCACAUCACGCAUUCACGCACCGUGCACGAGUGAAAGCUGAGUGAGUCUCCUCGGAUAGUACGGAAGAUGGUCGCAAAGAUAUUAUAUUUUAAAAAUAAACCCAUCAUCCACUGGAAUGUAGUAGAAAGGUGUUUAAACCAUCAUCCGGAAUGUGCUUGCUGGUCUGACGGUCGUCGCCUGAUGCAGACCUAAGAACGGAGUGGACGCACCGAGCGAACGGCGUCUGUGAUACGGAGAUAGUACAGAUAGGAAAGGAAAGUAGAAAUUUUAUGCAAACCACGGAUGGGCAAUCUUAUAGAAUGAGUUAUUUUCUAGCACUGUUUAGUUUGAUCGCCGCAUGAUAACACAACCAAUAAAUAUAAAUAUAAGAAGGUAAGACUAUAGGAAAACAAAAUGUUUAAAAAUUGAACAUACCUUUAUUACACAUCUGUACAGCUGCUAAAGCAAAUUACAAUAAAUUGGUCACUGAACAGUUUGUGGAUCGCCAUUGUUUUCAAACUGCGUUUACGAGACUUCUCAAAA